ACUGUUUUAUUGUCAUGAAAAAAGUAAAGAUGACACAGAGAGCUUCUUAGUAGGUUAUUUAAACUGAUGAUACCAGAAAGUCACAUUUAGCUGAAGCUUAAACCACCUUUUAGAAAGCUAUAGGACAGGAAGUGUCAGAGUGUGUUUUUACACCAUGUGUUUGAUUUCCAGAGUGAACACGGACAAAUUAAACAUUGAAACCCUUCAAGUUGGGCUGCACAGUGGUGCAAUUGGUAACACUGUUGCUUUGCAGCAAGAAGAUCCUGGGUUCGACUCCUGGAUAGGGGAGUUUUUCUAUGGAGUUUGGAUGUUCUACCCAUGCAUGCAUUGGUUCUUUUCGGGUACUCCGGCUUCCUCCCACAGUCCAAAAAAAUGACUGUUUUUACGGCCAUAGGUGUGUGAAUGACUGUGUGUGGUUGUUUGUCCUAUGUUUGUGUUUCUGUUGUCCUGCAAUGGACUGGCGACCUCUCCAGGUUGUACCACGCCUCCCGCACAGAGGCUGCUGGAGAUAGGCACCAGCUUCCCCGCGACCCACUAUGGAAGGAGCAUUAGAAAAUGACUGACUGACUGAACACUUCAUGUUGUUUUCUCAGAUGGAUGGAUUCCUUGAAAACGUCCUGAGCCGGUUGGGUUUUCAAACAACAGACGAACAACGAGACAUUCUCGUUUUAAAUGUCCUAUUGCUAGGUGACAAGCAGAGUGGGCGGAGCUCUGUGGGGAAUGCUCUCAUUGGCGGGCAGGAAUUUCAGACAGGGGCGUGCAUUUCUGGUGUUUCCGUGACGACAGAACUCCAGGUGCUGAGCAGAAAAUUCCCUGCGUAUUUCAGGAGGCAGGGGGUGGAGUCUGACCUCAUGUUGAGAGUUAUUGACACACCUCCAGUGAAGCUCCGCCCACAGAGCCUGCAGGAGCUCUGCCCUGAUGGCAUCCACGUGCUUGUGGUUGUAGUAAGAGUGGAUCAGCUGACUGAAAACUCACAGCUGCUGCAUCACAUAGAGAGCCUCUGCGGUCCAGACUGGAAUCAUCACGCCAUGCUCAUCUUCACACACGCUGAUCACCUGGAAAAGGCGGGUCUUCAACCAUCUGUUUACCUCACUCAGAGCUCUGAUUGGCUGAAGUCUCUGGCUAAAGAGGUUGGGGGUGGGGUUUCUUUUUUGGACAACAGCUUUGAUUGGCCAUCAAUCCAAGGCCGCCCGCUGAGAGACCAACUGCUCCGCCUAUCGGCGAAGAACCAUCACAAAGCUCUGAGACUGAGGUCAGACCAAUCACUCUGACACAAAUUCUGAGGCCUUUAAUUGUCAGAUUUGGCAUAUUUUUGCUCAUUUUGGGUUAAAAUACAUUGUUUAACUGGAUUGAACAUUGCACAUCUGUUAAUUCAACCUUAGCUUUAGCUGUAAAUAAGAAAAACAGAUAAUGUGGCUGCUAGGUUUCAACCUAACUGUUGUCAUCUCCAUGAAUGAGGCUAUAUUUUGGAAAGUGCAUUUUGAUAAUCAGUUUUCAGCGUGUUUGAAGACACUUUGGUAGCAGCAAUGUAGAUGAAGCAUAACAAUCUGUACCAUUUUACCAUGAAAUAAUUAAAAAGCAAAAUAAAUAUUA